AUGCAUCCAUACGCCGCCCUGGGUGUCGCCAAGGAGGCCUCCCUCACCGAGAUCCGCGCCGCCCAUCGCAAGCGCGUGCUCAAAUGCCACCCCGACAAGAUCCAGGACGAGUCCCAACGUAUCGCUGCCCAAGAUGAAUUCCAACGGGUCCAGCAGGCCUACGAACUGCUCUCCGACGACACCCGACGAGCCCGCUACGACCAAAAGGUCAAGCUGGAAGCGCUGAAGCGGGAGCUGAUGGAGCGCCGACGAGCUGAGGCCGCUAAUGCCUACGCCUCACCGCGAGGCAGUGGCAGCAGCGGCGGGCCCCGGGAGAUGCGAAACGGGCAUAUCGUGGAAGAGCGCGUGCCCGUCGAGGUCUUCCUGGACGAAGCGAUGCGAUUCACUGAUGAGCCCAAUCCGAUGGGCCGCAAACAUGAGGAAUUCGGUCGCCGCACCAAGACCAAGCCCCCCGACGACCGCAAAAAGUCUCGCACGCCGACGAGUAGCUACCGCACCGCAGCAAAAGAUCAACGGGAGUCUGCAAAGGCCUCCCAUGCCGACCGGGCCAAGAACCGCGAUCGCGAGCGUCGCCGCGAGGCUUCGACCAAAUACGAGCAAUUCGAAUCCUACACCUACAGCCCCCGCAUGCCUCCGUCGGACAGCGAUUCCGAAUCCAGUGAGUCGGAGAUCGAAUAUGUUCGGCUUCACAAGGCUGGCUCGUCGCGGCGCAGCCGAGAGUCACGUUCGCGCCCGACGGAGUCCUCGUCUCGCCGUCGCAAUGCCUACUACGACGACGACGAUGAUGACUACGACGAUCGCUACGACAGCAAGCACGACUACCAAACCAAGCAGCAGCAGGCAGAGGCGCACAUCCAGCGAUCCAAGUACGAGGUUGACCCUCGUUCGCGGGCAUCUCGGUCUCCACCCCGACGCCGUGGUUACGAGUCGACGGAACCAGAGUCAUCGUCUUCACGGCGCGCGGGACGGUCCUCCCGCACGACCCAAACUCGCUCCUCCUCACGCAACGGUUCUUACGAGCAUCUCGAGUCAUCCCGCGACUACUUCAAACCCCCCAAGAUGCCAGCCUCCAGCUCCUCCCCAGGCUACAAAUCCUCCAUUCGACCCUCCAUCUUCACCCGCGCCGCCACGGCCAGCGGCUUUACUCGCACCAAGCGAGAAAGCUCCAGCCGCGGCGAGUCCACCCUGGACAAGAUGGCCAGCGAACCCAUCCCGCGCUCCUCCAAAGUCCGCCAGGAAUCAGGCCAUUCCAGCUCUAGCGCUGCGGAGAAUACCCGCACCAGCUCGCCCAAGGUCUCAGCCCGCUACCGAAUCGACCCCGAAAUGGUCGUCAUUGAGCCUCUCAAAUCCAAAUACCCAUCCUCACCCGACGCCCGGGAUCGGGAUCGAGAUCGGGAUCGUGGAGAUCGUGACCGUUCUUCGCGCAUGAUGCCCAAGCGCGCCAGCACUUACGCCGAGCCUUCCCGGAUCGAAAUCCGCUCCGUGCAACCAUCACGCACAUACACGAAUGUCGAAUACUCUCGGCCCUUCGACCGGAGUAACGUCAAAUAUGCCCGGGAGAUCCGGCCCAGCGAUGCGAGUUAUUCCCCUGCUCGUCAUUCAGCUGCUUAUUAUGACGAACAUCGCCAUCCGCCCCCCGGGCGACGACAGUCUGCCACCGCAUAA